GGGCCAUGCAGUGCCAGAGGGCGGAGAAGGAGGAAGGGGGCUUUGAGGCAGAGGGGGAGGACAAGGACGACAGCUUCCUCCUGCUGCAGCAGUCUGUGACUCUGGGCAGCUUGACCGAUGUGGACCAGCUCAUCGCCUUGAUUGGCGAGACGCUGAAGCUGGACACAGCACACGAUGGCCCUGCCUCGCCGAGUGCUGCCCCGGGCCCCCCGCCCCUGCGGGUCCUGGCUGCGAUCUCAGUGGAACAGAACCGGUCCCCGUCCAGGCAGAUGCUGAGAUCUUCUGUGCCUGCAGAGACCGGGGCUCCAGCUCACCCCAGAGCCAUUAGCUGCAUGCUGUGGGAGCGCUGGCGCCUGCGGAGCCAGGCGGCUCCCUACUGCGUGGCGGAGCUCACUGCGGUCACCAGCGCCCUAUGCCCUGUGUCCCGGCAGCCUGGCCUUGAGGGACCUCCGGUGACAGGAAAGCCGAGCACCCCACAGCCUCUCUCAGGCCCUUGCCGGCGGGGUUGGCCCCAGAGCACAGCCAUGUCCCUCCCUCUGCAACAGCGACCUGGAUCUCAGCCUGAGACCCACACCAGCGACGACGACCCUCACCAGCUCCCGCAGCAGCUCCUGCUUUCGGGAAACCUCAUCAAGGAGGCAGUGCAGCGGCUACAUUCACUACAACUACAGCUACAGGCAAAUCUUUACUCACACCGAUUCCUCAAGCGUCUGUCCGCCCCUGUGUAG